AUGACGUACCUCGGCAAAGAAACACAAAUUACGCAAGCAGGGCAGGCAAUAGCUUUAAACACAGAAGCGAUUUCACAGCUAAGCGCAACCAUUAAAAACGGGCUGGGGCCAAAUGGGGCAGUUAAGCUGCUAAUUACACCGGCAGGGGAAAUAUGUCUGGUUAAGGAUGGAUUAAAUCUGUUAAAAAACAUCCAAUUAGCACAGCCUGGAGCAGUUCUUCUUUCAAAAAUGGUGACACAGCAGGGAGAGGAUUGUGGUGAUGGUGUGACAGCAUCAGUAAUUUUAUCAGCAUCUAUGCUAAACAGGGCACUAGAGUACAUAUAUGAAGGAGUGCACCCGCAGGUGCUUAUUUCUGGGCUACUAAAAAGAGAAAAGACAAUUUUAGAAGCAUUAAGCAGUAUGAAAGUGCCAAUAGAGGACAGUAAGGACACAAUUUAUAAGUUAGCACACACAGCACUUCGAACAAAGUUCUCUCCUAAGCAGGCUGCCAAGUAUUCAGACAUUAUUGUUUCUGCUGCUGAAACAGUUAGAACAAACAACAAAACUGAUCUAAAGAUGCUAGAAAUUGUAAAAAUGGCAGAUAUUGAUGCAGUAGAGCCACUUCGAAUUGUGCGAGGGCUGGUUAUGGAUCACGGAGGAAGACACCCGAUGAUGCCAAAGAGGCUGCAAAAUGUAUUUAUUCUCUGCACUAACAUUUCCUUUGAGUACGAGAAGCCAGAGCACAAUGCGCAGUUCUACUAUCGAAGAACAGAAGACAAACUAAAGAUGGAAGAAGGAGAAAGGCGAAUAAUUAUGCAGAGAAUACAGAAGGUGCUAGAGGUGAUACAAAAAGUUGCAAUCACCAACCAGCAUCAAAACCCGCAGUUUAUGAUUAUAACACAGAAGGGAAUAGAUCAGCACGCAUUAGAGAUAUUUGCCAAAUAUAAUAUCCUUGCACUUAGAAGAGCUAAGAGAAAGAACAUGGAAAGGCUGCAGCUGUUGACAGGAUGCACACCAGUUACCAGCAUACAGGAAUUGAAUGAGAAUGUAUUUGGGUUUGCAGGGCUAGUUAGAGAGGUAUCUAUAGGAGAUAACAAGUUCACUUUUGUAGAGAAGACGCCAUUUAACAGAACAUGCACACUCCUAGUACAGGGAAUAUCUCCAUACCAGAUGGAGUAUCUUGAAACUGCAGUUAAAUCUGCUCUUAAGUCCAUCUCAUGUGGACUGGCCGAUGGAUUUGUUCUUCCUGGCGGGUCUUCAACAUAUUAUAAGCUGGCAGAGUCCCUAAUCCCAGAUGAGAGCACAACAGAGUCCUCUACUUCCUAUAGCGUAUGGAAAGAUGCUCUAAUGGCUGUCCCAAAAAUACUCAUAAAGAAUCUUGGGUACAACUCAGUAGAGAUGCUUUCCAAAAUAAAGUCAUCAGAAAUUGAAAAUGCAACAAUCGAUAUCUCAACUGGAGAAAUAAAGAAUGCAAUGGAGAUGGACAUAGUAGACAACUAUGCGAUAGUAAGGAAUACCAUUCAAUCGGCUGUGCUGGUUGCUACUAAAAUUCUAAUGAUUGAUGAAAUUAUUAAGAGUGGUAAAGAAGUGAAAUAAAGUUUUUCGGAUUAU